UCACCUUCUAUGGGCCGAAAGAAGCGAACCCCAGCAAGCGCAAACCCUACACCUCCCUCGCCCCCGCCUCCGCCUGCGCCUCCGGCGGCCGGCUCAACCCGGGCGGAUGGGGAUGGGGAUGCGGCGGCGGCGGGUGGGGCCGAGGGGGCGGCGGUGCGGGCGGUGUGCGACAGGGCGCUGGGGGCGCUCCAGCGGGGGAACCACGCCAAGGCGCUGCGGCUGAUGAAGGAUGCGGUGGGGAGGUACGGGGACGGGUCACCGCUGCUGCUCCGCGCGCACGGGACGGUGCUCGCCCGGGCCGCCGCGGCGCUCGACGAGCCCGGGGCGCGCGCGCGGCACCAGCGGGCGGCGCUGGACGCGGCCCAGCGCGCCAUCGAGCUCGCGCCGGACUCCAUCGAGCUCGCGCACUUCCGCGCCAUGCUCUACUACGAGAUCGCCUCCGACGCCGUGGGCUACGAGGUGGCCGCCGGCGAGUGCAACCGCGGGCUCCUCAUCCAGAACCCGACAGACCCGGCGCCCCACUCCCUCAGGCUGCCCGCGCCGGACGUCGAGCAGGUCCGCGCCGAGCUCAGCAACCUGAUGCAGAGGUCCAACAUGACGUCAAUCUCGAUGUGGGUUAAGUCCGUGAACAUGGGCUACACUCCUGAGGAGAAGGUUCGGGUUUUCCCUAUCCGCCGCGGUGCCGACGACGCUUCUGAGGUCCGUCUCCUACCGGCGGCUCCUGCUCCACGCCGGCCGAAUGAGAUCAAGAAGGCUAAUAAGACCCCUGAAGAGCGGCGCAAGGAGAUCGAGGUGCGGCUUGCUGCGAUGAGGUUGCUGGAGCAGCAGCAGCACAAUGCCUCAACGGCUUCUUCCUCCACCUCGCAAUCACAGUCAAUGGGGGAUGAAGCCCCCUCCUCAUCAUCUCAGUCAUCAGUGUCUGGGCAUCGUGCUGACCGGAGGAAGGGUGGGUCCAGGAAGACAACAGCUUCAUCCGUGUCUGGUCGCAUUGAACAAGUGCGUGAGUUCUGGGGCACAUUCCCCAUGGAUCGGAGGCUUGCGUUCUUAAGCACUAGUGUUUCUGACCUCAAGUCACACUAUGCUGCUGCAGUGCAUAAGGAGAAAGAUGCUGCCAGUGUGGUUUCUGAUGUGCUUAAUGAGGCAAUAAGGUUUGCCACUAGGAGUGGGAAAUGGGAGUUUUGGGUAUGUGGCCGGUGUGGCGAGCGUUUUGCUGAUGCUGAAUCACAUGUACAGCAUGCAAUGGACAAACAUGUGGAUGUGCUGUCCCCUCGAUUGAUGAAUAUGGUGCCAGAGGAGAUUGAUGACGCGUGGGCUGAAAAGCUCACUGGUUCAAGCUGGAGGCCAGUGGAUGCUACUGCAGCACUCAAAAUUCUCGAGGAAGAACUAACUGAAAAUGUUGGCUCAGAUAGGGACAAAGAUUCAACGUCAUCGGAUAUUUGGAGUAUGAAAGAUAAAUCGGACACAUCAGAUUCCUCAACCUCACCGCACAAUGAGGAGUGUGAUAGUUUUGGCAUGGUUACAAGGGAAGUUGACAGGAAGUGGCCACUGUCUGAUGAUGAGGAAAGAACAAAGAUUUUAGAGAGGAUACAUUCAUCGUUCAAAAUCCUUGUAAAACACAAGAAUCUUUCAUCGAGGCAUCUGAACAGGGUUCUAUGUUUUACUAUGGAGGAACUCAGGGGAAGGAUGCCUUCUGGGUCACUGCCACUUAACCACUCGUUGGAUGAGUCACCACUCUGCAUUUGCCUGUUGGAUUUAUCUUCACUGCAGAAGGUGCUUGAAUUCGUGCAGGAACUUAUGCAUGCUAGUGGACUUAACAAUAGGAGCUCAGAAAAGGAUGAGAAACUAGCUGACCUAGAUAGUUUCCCGAAACGUCGGAGCAACUUGGAGAAGGUUAUACUUGAUUCUGAUUCAUCAUUGCUUAUCCUUGAUAGCCAAGCGUUUGAAGGGAGGUCUGACCGUGAUAAUGUUCUGGCUGACCCAUUCCUUUCAUGGUUAUAUACUGGACCUUCAGUUGAAGAGCAGCUAUUGGACUGGAACCAUAUGCUUGAGGUGAGGUCAAAUCAGUAUAUGGAGAUUCUUCACGAGCUCGAUAAAGAGUUCUCAGCAUUGCGGAACUGGUGUGAACAGAAGCAUGACCAGCUGAGCAAUGAGGAGGGGUUGCUUGCUGUGGAUAGCCUUUUAUGUGAAGAGCAAAGGCGAAGGGAUGCUGUAGAUCUCUAUGAAGGAUAUGAGGAGCUCCUAAAGAAGCGACAGGAGCUACUGGAGCUCAAUGCCGAGGAGUUGUUUAAUGGCUGCAGAUCUGAGUUAAGUAUGAUCUCUACCAUCUUAAGGGAAGUUAAAACAGCACGCUACGAUGAAGCCUUUUCUGGCAGGACCUCGCGCCUGUGUGACUUUUAUGGGACUGAGGAAGAUGAAUGGGGUUUGCAUGAUUUUGAACAUUCAAAUGAUUCGGUGGUACAGUUGGUUGUUUCAAGACUGAAGGAUCAAGUUGCUGUGGAGCUUAACAAGAUAGAUGCUAGGAUUAUGCGAAUUUCAGCUGUGAUUGAGCGUCUGAAACUCAAGUUUGGGCCUGCUUCUGUCCUUGAUUACCAAACAAUUCUCCUACCCCUUUUGAGGUCGUUCUUGCGAACCCAUUUGGAAGAGCUAGUGGACAAGGAUGCUAGGGAGAGAUCUGAUGCUGCAAGUGAAGCCUUCCUGGCUGAACUUGCUUUGGAUGCUAAGAGGAAUGCAAAAGUGGGUGACACUAAACAAUCCCAUGAUAGGCCAAAGGACAAGAAGAAAGUGAAGGAUUCUCGAAAAUCUAAGGAUCUUAAGGAUUUGAGCUUGAGUGAUCAGUACCUCGUCCGUGCAGAUAGUGUAGAUGAGGAAACAUCAGAGCAACCACUUUCAUCAAGUGAUUAUAACUUAAAUGAUCAAGAAGAAUUCAGGCAUAGAUUACGGCCUGAUGAAGCAGAUGAAAGAAGGAUGGAGGAAACUUUGGAGCACCAAAGAUGGAUGGAGGAGGAGACAAAGAAGAAGCAUUUUGCAGAACAAUAUGGAAGAACUUCACCAGAUUCCAAUAUUGGGGUGGCUUGUCGUCUGACUGAUGUGAGUUUGAACAGGGAUCAGGAUAAGCAUAAUUCUGCCCAAAACAACUCUUCACGUACUUAUCUUGAAGGCAUAAAUUUUGGUGAUUUUCGGUUUUCUGAAGUUCCUUUGCGGGAUGAACAUUCUACUUUGAGAUUGUGUGAUUCUGAUCUUCUGCAAAAGAUGGAGAAUGGAUUGGGCUAUCUUGAUACACGCUCAACCAACAGUGAUGUGGACCUUAUUAAGUCUACAAUGAAUGGAGUUGGGAAAAAUGUAGAAACUACAAAGCCUACACUGAAAGUGAAUGGUGUUGGGAAAGAUGCUGAAAAUACAAAGCUUCCAGCUAUUCCUAGCACCCAAAAGUCUAGGAAAAGUACCAGCCAAGUGCAUAAGAAAUACAUCCAAGAUGAUGAUAAUAGGCCAUCUAUUGGACAAUCUGGUUCACCAGUUCCAAGAUGGAGCAGUUCUGGUAAAGCAGCAGAGAUUGUCAAUCACAGUUAUCAAGACACAAAACAAAAUACGCUACCACUUUUGUCUUCAGAUUAUUCGCAACGUGUGAAUGGGAUUCGAUCUUCUGGAAGAGAGAAUCCAAGUAGUGAGAAAGUUGACUGUAGUGCUAUCCCAUCAACACAUCUGUAUAUUGAGGAUGACAAAAGGUUCGAAGAAGAACUGGAGAGAGCUGUGCUUCAAAGCCUUGGCACUUCUAAUGAAAAAGAAGUCUAUGGGGCUGGCCUUAAAAAUGCUGCUGGUGAAUACAAUUGUUUCUUGAAUGUGAUUAUCCAGUCAUUAUGGCAUUUAAAGCGGUUUCGAGAUGGGUUUCUUAAAAAAUCAUCGCUGCAUAAGCAUGUUGGAGAUCCUUGUGCUGUCUGUGCGUUGUAUGAUAUCUUCACUGACCUGAGCAAAGCAUCCGAGGAGCAAGGGGAAGCUGUUGCACCUACUUCUUUGAGGAUCGCUUUGAGCAAAUCCUACCCUGACAGCAAAUUCUUUCAGGAGGGGCAAAUGAACGAUGCGUCUGAGGUGUUGGAGGUGAUCUUUCAGUGCUUGCAUAGGUCGUACACUUCUCAUACUGACUUGCAAGUUAAAUCUCAUGAGGUCAAUUGUAUUGGCUCCUGGGAUUGUGCAAGUAGUUCUUGCGUAGCACAUGGUCUUUUUGGAAUGGACAUCUAUGAACGAAUGAACUGCCAGAGUUGUGGUUUGGAAUCCAGACGGCAUAAGUACACUUCAUUUUUCCACAAUAUCAAUGCUAGUUCACUUCGAACUGCAAAGGAUAUGUUUCCAGAUUAUUCAUUUGAUGAUCUUCUGAGGAUUGUGAUAAUGAAUGACCAUCUGGUUUGUGAUCCGGAUGGUGGUGGUUGUGGAAAACCAAACCAUAUUCAUCACAUUCUUUCUAGCCCCCCUCAUGUUUUUACAGUUGUUCUGGGGUGGCAGAACAGCAAAGAGAGUGUGGACGACAUAUCUGGAACUUUGGCUGGUAUUUCAACUGAGAUAGACGUCAGUACUUUCUACCGUGGUCUAGAUCAAGGAAGCAAACAUUCUCUGGUGUCAGUGGUUUGUUACUAUGGGCAGCACUACCAUUGCUUUGCUUUUGAGGAUGGACAGUGGGUCAUGUAUGAUGACCAGACUGUGAAGGCUGUUGGUAGUUGGGAUGAUGUGCUGAUUAUGUGUAAGAAAGGUCACUUGCAACCUCAGGUGCUCUUCUUUGAAGUUGCGAAGUAAUUGUUCUUCAGAUAGGCUUUCUUUGUGGUGUUGUGAAGAUCAUAAAUAGAUACCAAAUUCGUUUUGAGCUGCGGGGGAUAAAGGCAUAAAGUGGUAAUUCAGCAGUUGCACUGAUCAAUCAGUUUUGUCGUGCCCCGUCAUAAAUAAACGGUCACAUGAGAAUACUAGAAAUAGAAAGGCCAGUGAUCCUUUUGUUUAGGGUUUUUUUUGGAGCUUUGGUAUAGUUCUGAUCCCUGAUCCUGUCAAUAAGAUUUUGGCGUAGGAGUGGGAAGGUGGUCAUCGAUCUUGUGCCAUAUAGAGAACAGAGAAUUUCAGAGAUUCACAAGUCUCGCUGACUUUGUUUUGAAGCUGAUCCGAAUGCAUCAAUGAUGUACAGAGUUUUGUUUUCCAUGGGAAGGCUAUAGGGGUUAUGUUCAUUAGUUUUGGGAGGAAAAGUGUUCGUAGUGAUGCAAAAUGGUUGUAUUCGUUGAAAAAUGUUUGGGAAGGAAUAUAUUAUUGGGAGCACGGUGCUUACAUUGAAA